GAAUGCAUUUUGUCAUUGAAGUAAAAAUCGGAUAAGUCUUUCAAUACUUUUCAGCUGAAACUUUUUGUCAAUUUUGGACGCAUACAUUAAAUCAAUCUGGAUAAAUACUAGUUGAUGAGGACUGGAGACAUCUUUCUAUAACACUCAUGGUGGUUCAUGCUACAGACAUGGUAGAGCACGGUUUGCGAAAGUCCUCGGGCUUUACGAUUGAUUCUUUAAUAGGAAAAGACUCCGAAAAAUCAGACAGUUCGCCAAGUGGCCGAAACUAUGAGGAAUAUGUGCGUGUAAGUUCAGAGCGGACCGACCGGGAAAGUCCGCGACCUCGAACACAGAACGGUUCCGAACUUUUGGAACGUUCCAAAAGGGACACAGUGGUCAACGAAUCUCCGGGAACGAGACAGGUUCCCGACUUUUCCGCAGCUCGGAGAGAAAGAGAAUUAUUCCUCGCUUCACAUCAACAUAGUGCCUCUGAAUCAUUAAAACAUUUACACGAGGUCCUGUCUCAGACGGCGGGGGCCACGGGGACUUACUACGCCCCCCGAGUGUGCCGCCACCCCCUGUCACCCUAUAGUCUCCACUCUGUGUACCCUGGUCAGCUACCAGCCUCAGCCCCCCUCCAUCCCUUGAUGUUAACCCCCUCAACCUCCCGAGACAUCCGUCAUCUUCAUCCCUGGAUAUCGGAACGCUACUCUGGAUACUACUACCCACGGUUCCCGGCAGCUCCCGGGUUUCUUUUCCAACCUUACAGAAAACCCAAACGAAUACGCACCGCAUUUUCGCCCUCACAGCUUCUUCAACUGGAGAAGGCGUUCGAAAAAAGUCACUACGUGGUCGGUCAGGAGAGAAAAGAUCUAGCUUCUGAACUCCAACUCACGGAAACACAGGUAAAGGUAUGGUUCCAAAACAGACGCACAAAACACAAGAGGAUAAAAUCGGAAGACGGCGAUGAUCCCAAUAGUCCGGACAAAGGCUCUUCUAAAGACAUGGACAGCGACAACGAAGAGAAGGACGACAGUGAUAUUAGUGACAUUGAUGACAUAGGCGAUGACGGCAUGGGUCAUUUCCAUGGCAACCAAGUUCAUCAUCCUCCCCCGCCUCUUUAUUGAUGUAGUGUGCUUUAGGCAGCCUGAAGGACGACGAUUAGACUGAUGAGAUUAAAAGUUAACGGGUUUAUGUUGAUGUUAUAUGAAUAUAUGAACAAUGGCAAUUGUAAUAUUUUUUUUUUCAAGAUUAUAUUGUAUAGAAUUCCCGUCGCUGUUAAUCGUACUCACACUCUAUUCGUAAAAUGCUUGUUAUUUAUGUGCCACAAUGUGUUUGUGACCUGUUAAACAAGCAAAGAAUCCAUAUAUGCUUUCUACAAGUGCUCGUCAUUAUUUAUUGAGUGAAUAUUUGGGAAAAUAAAUGUUAUAAUAACUGAUACGAAAAAUUUGAUUUUUUUUUCUU